GCAGUACGUCAGUGCGCGUUCGGCAGGAAUCAGAAAGACUGCGCUACGGGAAUAUACGCCAGAGGUUCCCCGGACUACCUGCUGACAAGACAAUGCAUUUCGCCCCUCCUGUCAGCAGAGACAGGGUCAUAUCUAAAUUUCCCAAGUGUUAUAAUCCUCAAGCUUGCCUACAGAUGAAGGACGACUGGAAUUCAAAAGCCAAGAUGGCUUGCAAAGACAGGGCUGCUCGCCUACAAGAAUAUGACAGGCUUAAGAUGUCAAAAGCAGUAGUGGUUGGAGACCUCAAUGUAGGAAAGACAUGCUUAAUUAACAGGUUCUGUAAAGAUGUCUUUGAGAGAGACUACAAGGCUACUAUUGGGGUUGACUUUGAAAUCGAGAGAUUUGAACUGUCUGGGCUGCCAUAUUCUCUUCAAAUAUGGGACACUGCAGGCCAGGAAAAGUUCAAAUGCAUUGCAUCAGCAUACUACAGAGGGGCUCAGGUUAUCAUUACUGUUUUCGACAUGGCAGAUAUCAAGACCUUGGAACACACACGGCAGUGGUUACUGGAGGCUCUGAAUGAAAAUGAACCAAACUCUUGUUUUGUUUUCUUGGUUGGCACAAAAAGAGACCUCCUGUCUGCAGAAGAGUGCCAGAGAACUGAGAGAGAUGCCAUACAAAUGGCAGCUGAGAUGAAGGCUGAGUUCUGGCCAUUGUCAUCAAAAACAGGGGAGAAUGUGCAGGAGUUUUUCUUUCGUGUGGCGGCUCUGGCCUUUGAAGAUACCAUUCUGAAAGACCUGGAGACAGAAAAUAGCACCGCUCAGAUCGGAGAUGGAAGCAUUCUGAAUGAUAAAGCAAUGGAGGAUGCUCAAGCAAAGCUUAUGAAGAAAUCCUGCUGUUGACCCUCAAGGAAUUUUAAGGGUUGAAGAGGAAAAAGUAACUAGUGUGUUAAUGAUAGGAAGGAACCGAAGAAAUAUGUAACAUAGUGGAAAAAGGGAAUUGUUUCCCUGACAUAACCAACCUUUAAGUUGGUGCAUCACUAAUGUACUGCGUAUUGUUCAUCCUCUCUGAGAGGGACCAGAAGAGAACAGCACUAAAAAUAGAGACUGAUCACACAAGCAUCAUAUUAUGAUUCAGACUGUAGUAAUAAUGUCAGUAUUGUGUACUGUUGCAUAAAUCACUGCCAUUUGAUGGUUACAUUAUGUUAUAUAUCAAUCUUUUUUUUCAUUUUUUUUUUUUUUUUUUUGCCAUAUAAAUAAAUGCACAUCAUAAAUAAGCACAGCUCAUGAAAUUGUUGAUCAGUAUUUGUGUAUCCCUGCUCGAGAAAUAUAUGUACCACAAUGAUAGAUGAAAAACAUGCUUAAUGUGUGGAAAGAUGUACAAUGUAAAAGCUUAUGAUUCAUCAUUGAUCAUAAAGUGUAACACAUGCUGGCAUAGUAUAUUUAUUAUUUGCAGCUUUUUCUACAAAUAAA